AGAGUGCGGUCGGUCGGAUGAUCGGUCAAUAAAACCACAACAUUAAAUCGGCAAGCAAUUGGAGUUGUUAUUAGUCAAACAAAGUAAUAAACAAAUUGUGUUCGAAACUAACGGCAUACUGUCAAAAAAGAAAAAUUACAACAAAAAUAAAACAAGAAUCCAAAAAAAAGCAAAAAUCCAAUAAAUAAAUUACGAAUAUGUCAUUUAUGCAGAAGUGUUGUGUCUUUGCUAUCGCAGUGAUAUCCUCUUGCAUUCUAGUCGAAAAUCGCAGCUACAACAAUGGUCUCAUAUUUUACGAUCUUAAGACAAAGCAAACUUUAUUGCCUCCCACUGUCUCGGUGUCGCGCGGUCGCAGUUUGGCCAAACUGAAAUUCUCCGAAAAGGGUUCGAUAUGGUCAACAUUUGGAAAACCCUGCGAGUGUACGGGACCCCUGUGCGGCUGUUGUGUUGGCAUCAAAGUCAAGCAAUAUAAUUUUGAUCAGAAAAUGUGUGCCAAUGUGACCUACAUUCAGCCAAAACAAGAAAUCAAUUUGGAAAUGUUCCUCAAUGAGAAUCAAUCUGCCAAAUAUGCUGUAUCAACGCGUAAUCCCUCGCCAUUCUGUAUACCCAUAAUGCUUAACAUUCCCAUGUCAAUGUGCGUACAAAUGUCCGAUGUAGGAUUACAGGGAGACAAUAUGCAUGCCUGCAUGGAUUUCAUGGUGCAAUUGGCUUCAUCGGGCCUAUUUGAAAUGCACUUUCAAUGUAUGCAAAUGGGAGCGCAGGGUGUACAAUGGGUGUCACCGACCGGAGGUCCAGUAAUUCCACCCUCUCAAAGUAAACUCACAAAUCGCAGUGAAGCGGAGUCUGAGGAAUACUACGAUGAGGAGAAUGAAAAGGAGAUAGCACCAAUAGUCACAGUUACUAAAGAAGAAGGCCCGAAACAGGAAAAUGAUGAAAAUAAAGCGGAAGAGGAGUUGGAUUAUGAGGACGAUUUAAUGGAUGAGGAGACAGCUACAGAAGUGAAGCAAAGCUCUGCUCAAGAUGCAAGCAAAGAAAAUGAAGUGCUGGCAAGCGAAGUAAUCAAGAAUGUGACUACAGAGGUUGUAUUGAAUGACAUAACAGAUGAAUUGCAAAAGGAGAAUAUGCUUACAGAAACUUCCAAUGUUAGCAGCAUUAGUGCAUCUAUGGAGUUGCAAAAUUACGGAGUUGAUGAUAUAACAACUGAAAAUAUAUUCAAUGCCAGUGACUCCAAUGUGUCGAUGGAUUUAGUUGAUGAUUCCAUGGAGAAAACAAUUGAGCCUCAAACUCUGGAAAACAGUAUUAAUAGUGAAGGUAGUGGAGGAGAUUCAUUGUCUUUAGAGGAUGUUGUGACCAGCACAACACCAAAGUCGGCAACAACCUCAACCACAACAACUCCAACACCAUCGGUUACAACAAAAACUACAGAAGCGACACCAAGUGAUAGUGACAAUUUAACAGUCACAGUUAAAGAAGACAACAUUAAUGACAAUGAUGAUAAUGCUGAAUAUGAAGAUGAAGAAGAAGAGGAGGAAGGUGAGGAAAAUAGUGACAAUACAGAUGCUGGGGAACAAGAAAAGCAUGAUGAUGAGGAACAUCAAUCAGGGGAAACAGUAACAAAAAAUACUGAAAUUGAAGAGAACAUGAUUUCCAAAAAUGACACAAACAUUGCCAACAAUAGCUUGGAAGAAAACAAUGAUAACAACUCUGAGGAGUAUGAUGAAGAAGAUUAUGAAGAAACAACUACAUUGGCCACUGAAGCCCAUACACAUGAUCAACAUACCGAAGUCUUAACAUUUGGAGCCACAACUGCAUCAACAACAACCAUCAACACUAACUUAGAUGACAAAUUACAAACAUCUACUGUCAAUAUUGUGAAUGAGAUGCCUGAACAUUUGUUUGAAGACAAUGUAAAACAAACACAAUUGUCCGAAGAAAUGAUGGUUAAAGUCAAUGACAAUAUUGACAACUUCGAUAGUAGUAGCAGUUCACUACAACAAAGCGAAGAAGAUCAUAUGGUCAAUGCUAAUUAUACCUAUACAGCUAAUAAAACUGAGGAAGCGACAAAUACAAUAUCUCGUAAAUUAAAGAACAAACGAAAUGCAAGCAAAUCACCACACCAACAGAACCAAAGACAGAAUCAUCACCUGCCCACAAGUAAUCUUCUCUAUAGAAGAUUUCAAAGCAAUUAUCGUCACCACCGCCAACUUCAUGUAUAAGAGUUUUAAGUGACAUUGUCUUACAGCAUUAACGCUUAUUGAUUGAUGUCUUCUUGCUUCUACGCUAUUGGCAAUGAAGAAGGGGUAUUUUUUGUACUUAUUUAUUUAUAUACAUGUGUACCUAUUUAUAGUUAGCCUUAAGGUAACCAAAACAGAUUUAAAAACGAAAGCUACAACGUUCCUAAAUACAGGGAGGAUGUAUAUAGUAGUCCAAACAAUGAUGUUGUAGAUGAAAGAAUAAAUCGCAGAGACUCUAGCGGAUAUAGUAACAUCUACCAACUCUACUGUGGCUUUGAUACAAGAUUUAAUGAAUAAGAUUGCCAACCUGGAAGAAGGCCAAACUUUCUUUCCCAUUUCAUUGAAACUAUCAAGAAUGAAAUGGGUAAGAACAAAGAAAUGACAGAGAGUAUCAAGAAAUUUAGCGAA